AUGAAGAUGCCCUUCCGCUCGUUCGAGUUCCUUGCUUCUAUUGCAGUUGUGACACACAUUACGGGUGCAGCAGAAAUUGCCCGCCCUUUGAUGAAAGGUGUCAACAUGAUGGACAAUGAUCCUCUCUCUGUCGCUGACCUCUCGGACGCUCCAGCAAAUAACGUGUCGAGAACACACAAUACCACACUUAAUGAAGAUAGAAUGACAGGGGGAGGCGCACCCGCCUUGCUAUGCGGUGUGCUGAAAAACGUUUUGUUCGAUUUGUAUCGCACCAGCAAGAACGUGCUCACUCCAGCAGGUCAGAGGGCAGUGAUAACAGCAGACGAGGAACUUUUGAAGCGCGCGGAAAAUCUACUAAAGGUGCAUGAUGCGGAUAAGGAUGUGACAUUUCCUGGAGAGAGUUCAGAGCUUGCGGCGGAACCUUUAGAAAAAAUCAUUCAAGUCUCUAAAAAACAGUAUUUUGCCGAAAGGCUUGAAACUAUGAAGAACAAGAUUGUGGAGUGGAUGCAGGACCAACCGCCAAGCGAGCUCCUCGAGGUCCUGGAUAAACACGGGUUCUUUGAACAUUUUUCCUUCGCGGACGUGCAUGCGUUGUCUGUCUAUCUUGACGAGUUCAAUGCCGAGUGGAAAACAGCUUACCCGAUCCAGGGUACGCUAUUGAGAGGCUUUGGCGGUGCAGCCCGAUAUGCAUCCUUUUUGUCGGUCGCGCGACAAAGCCCUAUUACUGGAAACCUAGCGGCGCAGGCUCGGAAGGUGCUGCUAGAGACCUGGCAAUGGGCUAGGUUAUCCAUCGAUCAGGUUGCUAUUAUGCUUGAGCUUAGCUCGUUAGGUUCGAGAGGCAUCACAUACGAGAGCCUGGAUACGUUUUUCCAGUAUGGCGAUAUCAACAUCGGAUUGAGGCAGGAGGCGAUGGUGAAACACAACAAAUAUGCCGAAGAGUUUGAAAAAGAUCUGGCUGCUCAGUGGGUGAAAGAAAAGAAGACACUGGAAGGGGUACGCAAAAUUCUCGAGGAUGUGCCUGAUCGCGAACCAUCUGCCGUCGCAAUAGUGUCUACAGACACACACGACAUUAUGGCGGAGUUUGGUGCGUUGUUUGUAGACAGCGUCCUUGCUAACCUUAACGAAUAG